ACAUGCCUGUAUUAAGUCACCUGAGCAAGUGGGAUAGAAAAGAUUCUGUGUGCUUUUUAUGACCAUUAUGGCAAYAUUACAGUGGCGAAUAGUGCUGAUUUUCCUGUUACACAGCAGUUUUGGAAUUAUGCUUGAAAUUUCAGGAAUCAAAAGUGCUGAACACAUAUCCUCAUGGCCUUCACCACCGCCAUAUCAAAACAAGGCAGCCAUGGCUCGCUAUUUGGUCCACUACAGUGACUGGACCAUUGUAUCAGCCUUUUCUCCAGAGUAUCUUCAGCCAUUUGGAACACUUCAAUCAUAUGCUGAUGGAGURAUUGGAAAUAGCACAGGAAUCCCAUAUUUCUACAUUUCAAAGUUCUCAGAUACUUAYAAGAACAUUGAAUACAACAAUACUGUUGCAGUKACUGUUACGGAGAAUGAGAGUGAGCUUUGUAAGCAGCAAGGUUAUGAUCCAGAAGAACCUGUCUGCUCUAGAGUAACUAUCACAGGAGAGGUAGUAGCUGUAACUGAUUCCAAAGAACUUGCCUUUGCUAAGGUUGCACUUUUUACAAGGCAUCCUGCAAUGAAAGGCUGGCCAAGUAGCCAUGACUGGACUUUCUAUAAACUGGUACCAACGCAUGUUCAUCUACUAGAUUUCUAUGGAGGAGCUUCUCAUGUUCCUCUCAAUGAGUAUUUCCAAGCUAAACCAUGAAACUAGACAAACACUAGUAUAUUAUAUUCUAUAACAUUAGUCUGUAUGUGUGUUUAUCCUCUAAGCUAUUGUUUUCAAUCAUUCCCAUAAAAGAUGGGCAGACAUGUUGGAUGAAUGAACAAUAGAUACUGAUGAGAAAAAUGUUGUUGAAGUUCAUCCAAGAUAGUUUCUUUGACGUAAUUAUUGUAAAUGAAGAAUAGAGCACAAGCAGAAAAAAACGUUUUUAUAGCAUUAAUAUAAUUAUCUAACGUAUAUAGCACAGCAAAUAUAUUUGGGCAGUCUAAGAGAAUCACUGACCUUAAAAUUAGAUAAAUAAAAGCAACUCUGUUUAUAUAAUAAUCAUAAAAAGAUUUCACAUUCGAAGGAGAAAGUGAAAUUGGAACACAAAAAAUAAAGAUAACUUGUGUUUAAUUUAAUAGCAGUAUACUUAAAAGUUAAUUAGCGCAUGUACCGAGGUGUGUUAGACAAAGUGUGCCGUAUCUUUAUAGUAGAGUGAAAUAGAUACUACACUUUUACACCUUGCAGUAUGCUCCUAUUGCAUUGUUUUCUUUUUUGUCUAUUUGAAUAUCACACUUUYGUAGUCAAAUUUUGUUUCAAGGAUGAAAUGCCUUCACUCUUUGCAUGGGCAUCACCAUUAUUCAUAGAACUUGGUUUUCAAAAGACUAUGAAACAAAGUCCGCUAAUUAUAGUGUUAUAAUAAUUUUCAAUAGUCAAUAAAAUACAAAACACCAAAUGAGAAUUUUCAAAUAAUUUUCAAAAGGGUGUAUUGCUUGGUUUAGUAAAAGUAUUGCAAAUUAUAUUGAAAAAAAAAAUAGAUAGGCACUUUUUUAACACUAAACAUAACAAAUAUAAUACCAAAUGUAGUACCAAAAUUAUAUUUUAUGCUUUUUAGGGAGGGAUAUUUUGUUAUAUKUUUAUGCACUUUAAUGUAUCUUUUCACAAAUCAAUUAUUAUAAAAAUACAAUCAAUUCAAUUAA